AUGUCGUCUGCACCGCGUGACGAGGCCGACAUGACGCAGCUCACCCUCUCCGAAGACUCUGUCCAGCCAGAGCCCCUGUCUGACGAGGCCCUGGGUGCUCUACAGCGCUGGAUGCUGUCGAUCGCUUGCGUACAUUUUGAUUUGGAGCUGGGGCCGGACGUCGAGUGUAUGUAUCCGCCGCUGGGAAUCAGCAAGGAGGAAAAGGACAAUAUCGCGUUCUCUUCCUUCCCUGACACGCAUGUAUUUAAUGAUGGAGACCUUGUGUUCUCAUGGCGCGUGCGUGAAGUGCCGUUAGACGCAUCGAAUGCGUCGCCGCCGGCCUCCUCGAAGCCGGCGCCGCCCCGCCGCUCUCCCUCGGUGCGUGAGUCCAUGACACGUAGUGUGUCAUGGCUACGUCGAUCGCGCAAUGAAGCGGUAGUGGAUGCAUCUCCGCGUCUGCACAGCCGGAGCACGUCCUACCUAUAUGGAUACACGUAUUUUCUCCAGCGCCGAGAUACGUCGCGGCGGCGAGGCUACUUUCAAAAAUCGCUCGUGAUUCUCUCGCAUCUGCCGUAUGUGGGCCUGUUUCACCAAGUGAUUGCGCGACUUGGACCUGCCUUCUUUGAGCACGGUAUGGUGGUGCUGGAAUCGUUUGUGCACGACGUGAUCCGAUGGCCCAGCCCUGAGCCAGGACUCACGCUGAGUGUAUCGGUUCUGGGCACGUUAUUGCAUGCGUCUCUGCCGCAUGGCCUUGAGGCGCAAAAUGGCGAUGGCAUGCAGUCGGGCACGAGUGCAUCGCUGCCUAUCCUAGCGUCUGUGCCUUCGACACCGCUGAUACAAGUAUUUUAUGAGCUCUUGCCUGACCUGUGGCGCCUUUGGGAAUGUAUGCUGACGGCUGAGCCGAUCCUCAUUGUAGGUCGCGAUCCACGAACCACGAGUGAUGCCGUGUGGCACCUCGUGGAUCUCAUCCGACCGGUCCCUGUCGCCGGAGACUUUCGUCCCUUCUUCCACAUCCACGACUACGACUUUCGUGCCUUUGUCACGCGCGCUACGCCGCCGACCGGUGUGGUGCUCGGCGCGACGAAUCCCUUCUUUUUGCAGACUUGUGCGACGUGGCCCCACAUUGUACAGCUCGGCCGCGGUGACAAACCUGCCCACCAGGGCCGCGAUACGCCCACAGCGCGUAUCGUGUCUUCUAGCAAGCGACGUGUUAACAAAGACACGACCCUUCUCAAGCAGCUGUUGCAAUGGCGUGAUUCGCCCUCGCAACUUGAGCAUGCAAAUGCUGUCCUGCGGCGCUACUUCUCUGACCUCACUGAACGAUUCCUUGCGCCGCUGCACCAGCACAUGGCGACGCUGAUACCUGCCUCGUUUGACUUGACGUCGCCUGCCGAGGUACCGCCCAUCAAGUCGUUUCACCGCGAAACGUUUCUGCAAUGGCUGAAAUCUCAUCCUGGACCGCUUCGCAUGCGGCAGCGAUCCCUAUCGCCGGCCAGUGUGCUCCGUCACUCGCUGUACUCGGACUUUCUGCAGUCGCCCAACUUUGCCGUGUGGCUCCAGGGGCGCGUAGAGGCAGCGCAAUACGAGCAGCGUCAACGGCGCAUUGCGGCCUUGGCGAUGGGCGAUGUCGUUACGUUUGGACGCACGCGCUCGGACAUCGAGUCGAUCGAUCUGUAUCUACGUCUACGUGAAGAGCUGCGGGCUCUCGAGACGGCACUGCAAGCGCCGCGUGCAGCGCCUGGGCCUGGUGCGCGGUGGCGCGCAUCGAUGGAGCCCAGCGGCACGGGUAUGUCUCUCAUCGAAUCGCGUGCGAUGAUCGCGCAGCGUACGCGCCUCGCAGCACAGAUGGAACGCCUGCUCCAGACGAUGCCUCCAGAUCUGCGUGUAGGGUUGCCGUAG